AUGUCCAUCAGCGUGUUAGGUGUUUCUGCUUGGAUGAGAGACUACCUGAAUAAUGUUCUCACUUUAACUGCAGAAACGAGGGUGGAGGAGGCUGUCAUUUUGACUUACUUUCCUGUGGUCCAUCCGGUCAUGAUUGCAGUGUGCUGUUUCCUCAUCAUAGUUGGAAUGCUGGGCUACUGUGGAACAGUGAAAAGAAAUCUGUUGCUCCUUGUAUGGUACUUCGGAAGCUUGCUUGUAAUAUUCUGUGUUGAAUUGGCCUGUGGCGUUUGGACCUACGAGCAGGAAAUAACGGUUCCAGUGCAGUGGUCCGAUAUGAUCACGCUGAAAGCCAGGAUGACCAAUUACGGCCUACCUAGGUACCAGUGGCUGACCCAUGCUUGGAAUUUCUUCCAGAGGGAGUUUAAAUGUUGUGGGGUGGUGUACUUCACAGACUGGCUGGAAAUGACAGAGAUGGACUGGCCGCCUGACUCCUGUUGUGUCAGAGAGUUCCCAGGAUGCUCUAAGCAGGCACAUCAUGAGGAUCUCAGUGACCUUUAUCAGGAGGGAUGCGGUAAAAAAAUGUACACUUUUUUGAGGGGGACGAAGCAAUUGCAAGUGCUGAGAUUUCUAGGAAUCUCCAUUGGAGUCACGCAGAUCCUGGCUAUGAUCCUCACUAUUACUUUGCUGUGGGCUCUGUACUACGACAGAAGGGAUCCUGGGGCGGAUCAGAUCAUGUCCCUGAAGAGUGACGCCUCGCAGCAGCUGUCGUGUCAUUCUGUGGAGCUACUGAAACCAAGCCUGACAAGAAUCUUUGAACACGCGUCCGUGGCGAACAGCUUUAGUACACACUUUGAAAUGGAAGAGCUAUAG